GGUAAUUGUAGGCUGCUGCUAUCUCUCGCGCGCAUCCAAACUGUCUUCCUCUCUUGUCACUGUCACUGUCACUGUCAAAAUACCAUUUCUCUAUCUCAUAUACCUCAUACGAUUCUCAGAUUUACCUCUCUUUCCACUCAACCCCAUCGUUCGAGUGAAAUAACCACCUUAUCAUGGCCACCACAGGCCCAUCCAAACCCGACAAUGACGUUGUGAAAAUCAACCCCAACCCCCCUCCCCCCGCCAAAAAGCUCCCCAAAGACCUCCAGCGCCUCGUCGACCGCGCCGACAGAGACGAGACCAUCUACGACGAAGUCCGGAGCGGAACCGCCCCCGAAUCAACCGAAUCCUCCAUCCGCUACGCCGCCUACGCAACCCGCAUCCGCACCGCCCUCCUCUCCGCCCAACGCUACGUAGCCUACACCUCGGACGUCGGUGAAUCCUUCCGCCCCGUCGCGCACCCCAACCUCGUGCGCGCCGCCUACGGCAUCUCAUGGGCCUAUCUAGCGGGAGACGUCGCGCACGAGGGGUAUAAAGCUUAUUGUGCUAAUCAGCGCACUUUGCAUCCUGAGGGCGUGCUGUUGGGGGGGGGUGUGAGGGCGGAUUCCGGGGAGGGGUUGGGGGUUGCUGCUGCUGCGGCGGAGGGGGGGAAAGAGGGGGUGAAGACGGGGGGGGGAUUGGUGACGCGGGGUGUGGUGACGCCGUUAGAGGAUUACCGCACCGUCAUCGUGCAACGCGCUCUCUUCCAAGGGAUAGCAUCCAUGGGUCUCCCGAUGCUAACAAUCCACUCCAUCGUGCGCUACGCCGGACGCGCGAUGAAAGACGUCAAGAACCCGCGCCUGCGCAUGUGGGGACCCGUCGGGCUGGGGUUGAGCGUCGUGCCGGUGUUGCCGUAUUUGUUUGAUAAGCCUGUGGAGGGGGCGGUGGAGUUUUUGUUUCAUGAGGGGUUUAAGGCGAUUGGAGGGCAGGAGGCGGUGGGAGAUGCGCCGGUGGUGGGGAGGGAGAAGAGGUUGGAGGAGGCGGGGGGGAGGGGGAGGGGGAAGGGGGGGAAGGGGGAUAAGGAGUUGUAG